AUGAGGUAUGAGUAUGGAAGAACGAUAGCCAAUCAGGUCGCGGGCGGCGUGGGGGCGCUGGUGAACGUGGACCGCGUGGCGGCGCAGCUGGCGCGGCAGGGCAUCCGGGCGGAGGUGCGCGCCGUGGCCGACUCGGGCUGGUUCCUCGACAACAGCCCUUUCGCGCCCCUCAAGUGCGUCGACGCCCACUCCUGCCCGCCCGUCGAGGCCAUCCGCCGCGCCAGGAGCUGUGGCGCGGCGCAUCCCGACGCGUGCGCGGAGCAGUACCCGCGCCACCCGUGGUACUGCUACUUCGGGUACCGCCUCUACGAGACCAUGAAGGCCCCCUUGUUCAUCUUCCAAUGGGUGUUCGAUGAGGCGCAGAUGACAGCCGAUAACGUUGGAAAACCGAUAUCGAAGGAACAGUGGGAUUACAUACACAGCAUCGGCGAGAGACUGAGGAAAACGUUCGAGAAUGUGACAGCCCUGUUCGCGCCCUCCUGCAUCUCCCACACCGUCCUCACCAAGCGCGACUGGUCCAGCGUCAAGAUCGGAGAGGUGUCGCUCCCCCAGGCCCUCUACUGCUGGGACAUCACUCCUGCCGCCGCCCUCCACGCCAAGUCCUCCUCGGGGCGUCCCCACGUCAGAGUCCAGCUGGAGGAGCACCACCACGACCCGACGCACCACUUCGGCCACGACCGCCACGACCGCCACCACGACCCUCCGCCCGGCGAGAGGGAGAGGGACGGCAGGAGGAAGAGCAUCCGCAGGAGGAACAACAGCGAGCGGGACAGGGAGGACGGCAGGAGGCGCAGGGGGAGGGGGAAGAAGUCCCGGAGGAAAACCCAGGAGGAGAGCGGCCAAGACGAGGACGACCUGCCGAACGCGAGAGCCGGCGAGGACAGGGACGGCGGCGGCUCGAGCAAGAAGUCCCACAGGAAGACGGGCCGCAGACAGUCCCAGGGGGCGGGGCGGCCGGACGUCCUCAACAGGGAGAUGCUGGCGGACUCCCCCAGGGACAGUCCCAAGGGCCCGGACCAGCACGCAGCGCCGCCUUACCUGGUGGAGUCCAACGCCAUCGACACGACGCAGGAAAGCACGAAACUCAAGCAGCAGCAAGAAGAGGCCGAGAAGAGGGAAGACGGCAAGAAGGAACUCACCAGGAAGGAAAGGAGGAGGAGGAGACGGAAGAAGAAAAACCGAAACAAGGGCAAGAAGAAGAGAAAAAGGAAUAAAAAGAGGGGGAAGAAGAGGCGCAGGAGACAGAGAAAUAAGGACAAAUCAGGGAAGAAGAAGAGAAAGCCCAAAGUUUCAUCUGAAGCAGAGACGGUGCUAGGAGACGCGGUUAGACAUGCUCGUUCCAUUGCUCUCCUCCAUUCCAAACAAACCUCACUCCACCACUCUCCACCUUCCUCCACCACAGAAUCUCCAACACCAUCCUCCCACCACCACACGAUGUCACCGCUCUCCCUAACGAUAGACAAUCCGUCUUCAUCUUCCUCUUCUUCAUCACCAUCAUCCUCACCCUCUUCAUCCUCGUCGUCCACCACCUCCUCUGACUCACCGCCAUCCCCCGCGACUCACACAGCUCCGAGUCGCGAGUCGGGAGAGGACUUGCACGAGGGGGUGUGUCCCGCUGACACGUUGCACUUGACCGACCGCUGCGCCUGGCCCCAGUGCAACUACGCGUGCCCGAUCCUCCUCAACCCGUUCACAGGCGAAGAAAUGAACUUCAUUGAACUUCUCAAGAGCUUCGGCCUGGACAUGGCCAGUGUCGCUAACGCUCUGGGAAUCGACAUCCACACUUUGAACUCGAUGGCCAAUGAUGAACUUCUGCACAUUCUGACACAGUGAUUUCUUUCUUAAAGGGAGAGAGACGUACACAUACCACUUUGUACCUUCGUUGUGUGUGUAUUUAUUAUCAUAUAGUGAACUGAUUGAGGAAGACAUACACAUGGUCCAUGCGAGUGUGUGUGUGUGUGUACUUUCCCUCCUUAUAACGGACAGGUUGAUGUUUUGAGAAGAUCGUAAGUAAUGUGCUGGAUCGUCUUCUAUAAGUAACGUACAACGGAGUUAUACUAGUCCUGUAGAAAAAGAGAGAAAUGAUGAUGAAUAAGACGGCAAAGAGAGAAAAAGAGAGAAAUGAUGAUGAAUUAGAUGGCAAAGAGAGAAAAAGAGAAAUGGUGAUGAAUAAGACGACAAAGAGAGAAAAAGAGAGAGGAAAUGGGAAGAAGAAACGUCCUUCAAAAGAUGUAUUUUUUAAUCUCAUUGGUUGACAUUGUCCUCUCCUGCUGUAGUUGGAAAUAUUUAAGGGUUUACAAGCAUGAAAAGGGUAUAUUUUGUAUGCCUAAUUGUCGUAAAAAACACUUGAAGAGAAUGUAGCCAUGGUAGAGAAAGCAGCUUGUGAAAGUUUACUCGUGACUGAAGCAUUUUUUCUGUUCCAAAGUGUGUUGAAUUAAGUAUUACGUGUAGUUUACGAUGCAUUUAGAUGAGAGUUAUUUUUAGGCCUAAUCCACUGGUGCAUUUUAUAUAAAGAUCAUACAAUUCUGUUUUGUCCCCUUGUGCCAAGGACAGUUAUUACAUAAGUGUUUUUCUUCUUCUAAGUUAACGAAUGAGCUUUAUAUUUAUAUAUAUAUAACUGUAGAGAUUUUCUUUUUUUUUAAGUUGUGAUAUGCCUAACGCUUUUGCACAUCGUACAUUCACCAUCACUCACACCCGAUAGCAUAGCUUGUACAUACCCAUCGAGACACAGACUGGAAUGUGUAUGGACGAAAGGGUUAAGGCAUAUCAUCAGACAACCAUAGCGAAGUACAAGUAGUGUGAUGGAGCUUCUGUUCUUCACGAAUUUCAUUUAAAAAUCAAAACUUCGACAACAGGGAACAAGGGAGGGGGAAUAGGAGGGAGGAGGAUGUGGGAAUAAGGAAACAA